AUGCCGGGAUGUCGUUUUCGGUACUUGUUUCCCAAGCCGGACGUUAAUUCUGACGAGAAAACAAGUGCGAUCAACGACCAUUUGCUGGGUCUACUCAAGAGUGCCUCGGGACAGUCUGUUUCAACCCCAGAGAAACACGAUGUACUUCAGGUGAAGAACAAGCUGCGUUCCUUUUUAUUGAGCCAUAAUCUCCCCCGAUCAACUGACCCCUUUCAACAAAAAUCAGGACAACGAGAAUCCUCGACUGCUGGAAAUAGUUACACUACUGCUUCAAAGUCAAAAAUUUUGACGGUCGAGGAGAUCGAGGCGCAGUUGAAUCGAUCGACCAAACCACCAGUCUCUGUACCCGUGGCAAAUUCACAGCACGUGGAAAAAACGCAUGACAAAGAAUUUGAGAAGCCCCAAAGAAACAAUCUAUUGGCCAACAAGCCAUUUCGCAACUCCUUAUGGAUAAAAACACCUCGAUUUUUCCCGAGUGUAUCCACAAUCCUCUAUUUGAGAUAUUUUGACGUGCGAAGAAAACCCAGCGUAAAAAAGAGAAAAAGCAGUGCUAUAACAUUUGCCAUUCUGGAAUAUGCAGACGACAUCGAUCUCAUAUUCGAAGAGCAGGAGAAGGCGCAAGUAUUCUUGGAUGAACUGACCAAAGUCAUCCCGUCCUUUGGUAUGCACUUUGCACCCACAAAGUCGUCCACUACGGUAAGCUGGAUUGACGUGAAUCAUCACGGAUGGCUUCGCUAUGAUGAAUCUUUAUGGGGGGCGAGAUGGCUCAAGUGGCUAGAGUGUAAAUUUACUGACCGGAAAACCCGUGGUUCGAAUCCGACCUCUGCCUCUUGA